AUGGUAAUGAUGCGCUACGUGCUGUGUAUCCUCGCUCUCCUGCUCUCAUGUGCGUGUGUGCACGUCCUCGCUGAAGAAGUGCCUGCCGCCGAUCUUUCCGACCAAGUCCCUGAUACGGAGAGUGAGACAAAGAUUCUUGUUGUUACUGGUGAUGGCAAUUGCCCUCCAGGUACUGAACGUCUUGAUGAUAAUACAUGUCAAAAAAAAACAGAAGUUCCUCCCAAAGUACCUGAGGCUCCAAAAGAAGUUGUUCCUGAGAAAAAAGUACCGGUUGUUCCUCCUGAAGUACGUGAAAGUCACCUUGAGCAGACCCCUUCUCAAGGCGAAAGAAACGGUCAUGGUAAUGGAGUUAGCGAUGCUGGUCCGCGAGGUGAAGUUGGUGUGCCUGGUACUGUUACUCCCGCCGUAGAAGGUGAAGCUGAACAUUCUGAGGACCAAAGUCACGGUACUCAAGGAGGAAAAGGUCCAGGAACUGGUGUUGGUGGUGCUUCUCCUUCUACACUGGAUAAUCCAACAGCUGCUGCUCCUGGAGCUGGUACCACUUCUGGUGUUGGUUCUUCUCCUAGUGGGAGUGUUGGGACUGCAUCGGACGGCCACAGUGGAAACAGCGGCAGCAGUCCAACAGGAGAAACUACUUCUAACCAGGGAAAUAAAGCAACACAACCUUCUACUGCUGUCUCUCCUACCAAUUCGGCUACAGGAAGUGAAGUUGGUGAUAAUGCUGCAUUGACUGAGAAUGGAAAUACAUCUGAAGGAACUGAGUCAAAAAAUAACCAAGAAGAAGUUGCAGCAAAUACAGAUACAACAACAACAACAACAACACUUCCUCCUGAACUCACAAACAACAAGAAGGGUGAUGCAGACAGCAGCAGCAGUAUCAGCAGUUCUGUGUGGGUACGUGUACCACUACUGAUUGUGGUUACACUGGCCUGUAUUCUUGUUGUAUGCUGA